AUGGCCGGAGACGUUGCUAUGGAUGACGAACUGCUUGGGCGUGAGGAGGACACGACAGCUGUGGAUGAACAAAACGGCGGAAGGCGACCGGAUGGAGUUGAUUUGCGUCAAACGGGAGAAGGGGGACAGUGGAUGCGGCGAGCCGGGGGAGGAGUUUUGGCUGGGAAGGAAAACCGAGAUAGUGAGGUGUUGCUUGGGGAGAACGUACAACGUGAUAGCGGUGAGCGUGGUUGGCCAGGCGCAAUGGAUGGGGAGGGUGGCAGAAUGACAUGUGAUGUUGUGGGCGGUUUGGGGGGUAAGGGCGGUGAGUGUGGUUGGCCAGGAGCAAUGAAUGGGGAAGGUGGCAGCAACGCAUGUGAUGUUGUGGGCGGUUUGGGGGGUAAUAGUGGUGGGCGUGGUUGGCCAGGCGAAAGGAAUGGGGAAAGUGGUAGAAUGGCAGGAGAUGUUGUGGGCGGUUUGGAUGGAAGGGGGACGGGCAGUAGGGGGGAGCGAGGGAGGGAGGAGGGGAGGGCAGUACGGCAGCCGGGGGCUGGGGCGGGUGUGGCGGAGUUGACGGAUAGGUGGGCGGAUUGGGCACUGCUAGAGGAGGAGGGUGCGGUGUUUAUGCCGGGAGGGGAGGAUGACGGGGUUGAGGGAGGCGGGGAAGGUGAGGAGGAGACAUGGAGGGUGGUCGGGCGCUUUUUGACGCAAAAGUUAAUUAAACUGGAUUUUAUGAGGCAGGUAUUAACGUCAGUUUGGCAGCCGGUCCGUGGGAUACAGGUAACGGAGAUUCAGAGGGGUUUGUUCUUGUUUGUUUUUUUCGAUAAAACAGAUUUGGACUAUGUUCUGAAUGGGGGUCCCUGGGCUUUUGAGAAUAAUGCACUUGUGUGUCGGGAGGUGUUGGACGAGGUGAAUCCUGUGGAUGUGGAGCUGGAUAUGAUUGAUAUGUGGGUACCGCUGCAUGACAUGCCGAAGGGGUACACAUCUCAUGCAAUUCUCGAAUAG